AUGGCUCGCUCCUGGUUCCUCACGAUCAAGGACGAUCUGCCGACUCUCGACGCUUUCCUCCGCAAGUUCGUCGAGCUGUACAUCGCCCUCGACGACAAGCACGAUUAUCAGGACUGGUUCGCGGCGUGGUGGCACUGGUGGUGCUUGCAAGGGCUCAUCAAGGGCAGGACCGUCUCGGCCUCUACGGCGAGGUUCUUCUACUCGCCGGAGGAGAGGAAGGAGAUGUUCGAGCUUCUGGAUGAGUGCAUCCAGGGAGCCAGUAUCAACCUGGAGGAGCAUCCCGAAAGGCACAAAUUGAAGAUUCACGGGCCGCCGCCGCUUACACCCGCCAGCCAGUCUCUUCCGUUCAAACUCGAGCCGAACGCGUCCGCGAGCGAAACGGAGAAUGAGGAUUUCAAGGAGGACUUGAAGAAAUGGCGACAGCGCCGCAAGAACAAUCUCUCCGGUCGCGUCUCAUAUGACCGACGGCGCGCCGCAGAGCAAGGCCGCACGCUUGCCGCAACUCGGACUCAACAUGUACCGGGCGAAUCCUCGACAAACCCGUCCUUCAAAACUCCGAACAUCGCCAAGUGCGCUAGGCUUCUUCACGAAGGCAAACCGCUCGAAUCGGAGUACAUGCCUGACGGCUGGGAGCAGCACCCCCAUGCCAGUUCGAGCGCCAACUCGCUCGCCCACUCGCUCCUGCACAACUACUCGCACCGCCAGCGCGCCAUCUACGGCAUCUGA